CCGCAUCAUUUUAAAGAACAAAAGCUCUCCAUGGCGACAACAUAAAAAUAAAAGAAAUCAAAAAUGAAAACGAAAGGAUGUUUCUCGCACUUGUUUCAGUCGCAGGUUUGUUUCUAUGCAUCGCACCAACUGAUUUUGGAUUAUGCCCUCCAGAAACAUCCUGUACAGAUUAAAAGUGGAGAAUCUGAGCAAGAGCAGCACUACCACCCAAAUAUGAGCUUCAGUACAGAAGAGAGAGGAGAACCCCAUACACAGGACUACAGAGUCUAUUUUAAAAACUCAAAUGGGAAAUACAUAUCUCCAUUCCAUGACAUUCCCCUUUAUGCAGAUGAGGCCAAGAAUAUUUUCCAUGCAGUUGUUGAGGUACCCAGAUGGACAAAUGCAAAAAUGGAGAUCGCAACCAAAGAACCAUUGAACCCUCUGAAGCAAGAUGUCAAAAGAGGAAAUCUGCGUUAUAUCUGUAAUGUAUUUCCACAUAAAGGCUACAUAUGGAACUAUGGAGCUUUGCCUCAGACAUGGGAAGAUCCACGACACACAGAUGGUGACACAAAAUGCUCUGGAGACAAUGACCCCAUUGAUAUGUGUGACAUAGGUAACAAGGUCUGCUCACAGGGAGAUAUCAUCAAGGUGAAAGUGUUGGGAAUCCUGGCACUGAUAGAUGAAGGAGAAACAGAUUGGAAAGUGAUUGUGAUUAAUGUUGAGGAUCCAGAGGCUGCAGAAUUUAAUGAUAUUGAGGAUGUAAAGAGGCGUAAACCGGGAUACCUGGAAGCCACAGUGGAUUGGUUUCGAAUGUACAAAGUACCAAAUGGGAAACCUGAAAACCAGUUUGCAUUCAAUGGUGAUUUUAAGAAUCGGGACUUUGCCAUUAAGACCAUAAAAGACACCCAUGAAUAUUGGAAGGCAUUGAUACUGAGCAAGAAUGAAGUAAAGGAACUAAACUGCUUGAAUACAUGUGUCACUGGCAGUCCAUACAUCUGCUCUGAAAUGGAUGCCAAAGCCAUUGCAGACUCAGCAAGUGCAUAUGGUGCAUCAGAGCCCAUUCCUAGCUCGGCUGACAAAUGGUUCUUUUACAGCAAGUAAACAACAAGAGACAACAGAUGACAGAUUACUACAUGGGAGGAUGUACUUAGCUAAUACACAUUAUAUAAUAUGGUCUGUAAAAUGAAGUGUGUUUGAGGUGAAUCAUCUAUUAAACUUUAUUCAAGAAAUGUUUACUCGGUGUGUUGUGUCACUUGUAUGUUGUAGCUAUAGUUGUUAGGGAAUUGUUUCUUUGGUAGCUAGUUAGACUUGCUAGCACAACAUUAUACUCAACAUUUUUAGAUAGUUGUAAUUCUUCCAGCCCAGCAGGUGGUGAUAGAGAGUUAACCACGACUCUAUUUUACUUUCUGGCGCAGAAGAGGAAGUAAUGCCGCCGCCUUCGGUGUAUGGCUUCCGCAAACGCUAUUCGUCUCAGCGGUCCAGCUAGCGGCUUUUCCCUUUAGCUAAUCGCCAUUAUUUGUAUAUAUAUAAAACCACUUCAUCACACAAGGAUUAUCUGGCGCUGUGGUCGGC